AUGUCGUUCAAUCAAACUGCUAUCGCUGCUAUUGCAUUACUACAGAAAAAAGAUAAAAUCUCAGACGGUGAAUCAUUUUAUAGUGGUUUGGUUCCUAACUUAAGGUUCAAUGGUGCCAUGAUCGCAAUUUGGUCUAUUCUUCUGGGGACCCAUGUGUUUAUGUUAUACUUAAAACAAUGGUGGUUUUCUUCCGCUUAUAUUUGUGCUAGUAUAUUAGAACUGUUAGGUUACAUUGGUAGAACUUGGUCCCAUUUCAACGUUUACUCUGAAAAUGGUUAUCUUCUGCAAUUCAUUUGUCUUACUAUCGCUCCAGUUUUCACAAUGGGUGGCAUGUAUUAUCAAUUAGCUAAACUGAUUGAAAUUUAUGGCCAUAGAUUCUCCCUGCUACCUUCUCCAAUGAUUUAUUCCUAUUUUUUCAUUUUAUGUGAUAUUGUCUCACUAGUUGUUCAAGCUGCUGGUGGUGGUGUCGCUGGUGUUGCCGUCAAUCAACAUAUGUCUACCCAGCACGGUACUAAUAUCUUUGUCGCUGGUUUGGCUCUACAAGUUGCUACUUUAUCCAUCUUUAUAAUUUUAUUGUGCCAUUUCUUCUACGUUGUCUACGUCAAAACGAGAAUGGAAUAUGCCAAUGCUUCAAGACCAUCUUUCAAAUUAUUGAAACUUAGCCAAGCUGAGAUUGAACCCCUAUACAGAGCAAAAUUCCAUGAUUUAAGAAAGGGUACUGAGAGAUGGCAGUUUAAUUACUUUUCUUUAGCGUUUACUGUCGCUGUCUUAUGUGUCUUCACCCGUUGUUGUUACAGAUUGGCUGAAUUAGCACAAGGUUUCAGAGGUUAUAUUAUCACCCACGAAUGGUAUUUUAUUCCAUUGGAUGGUAUUAUGAUCUCAUUGUGUACUACCAUAAUGGCUGUCUUCCACCCGGGUUUUGCUUUCUUGGGUAGAACCUACCAUAUUCCAAUCACAUCCGGUAAGACCGAUCCUGAAGGUCGUCACGAUGAAGAAACUAACAGCAGUGCCUCUAACUUAAAUGAAGAUCUAGAAGAAAAAGAGGAUGAUUCAGACUCCAACAGAAAUAUCUUCCAAGGUGUUGUUCAUAAUGUUACUCAUCCAAACUUACAUAUAAAUAUGCAUGUUCCUGACAAGGUUCACCUAAAUAAAAACUAUUUUCUUUUGGUGGUAAGAAAUAAUGAAAACCAAAUGAGCAAGAGCAAGAACAAGAACAGCACAUGCGAGAUGAUGAACAAGAACACAUAA